AUGCCAAACCUCCUCGUCGUCACCGGCGCAACAGGCGCCCAAGGCUCCAGCGUAAUCGACGCCUUGCUCGCCGCCAACCCUAAAACCCCCUGGAAAAUCCGCGGCGUAACCCGCAACACUGCCAGCCCUAAGGCCCAAGCCCUAACCACACGCGGUAUCGAGAUGGUAUCCGCGUCCUUCGACGACGAAGAGAGCCUCAGGCUCGCCUUCACCGGCGCAACCGCCAUCUUCGCCGUGACGGAUUUCUACGAGCCCUUUGCCAGAGGCGUCGGUCCAGAAAAGUGCAUGCAGAUUGAGUACGAGCGGGGCGUGAAGCUUGCGCGCGCUGCGAGAGACAUCCCCACGCUGGAAACGUACUUCUGGAGUACGCUGCCGGCGGCGCGGGAUUUGACGGGGGGAGAAGUGGGAGUGCCGCAUUUCGACGCGAAGGGCGAUAUCGAUGCGUACAUUAAGAGCGAUGCGGUUUUGAAUCCCAAGGCUGUACUUUUACUCACGGGCGUCUAUGCGAGUAAUCUUGCGUUUCCGCCUUUUACGCCUGUUUACUCGAGGGCAGCUAAACAGUAUAUCCUGCCCCUCCCCGCCAACUCCUCAGCGCAUCUCACCUCGCUGGGCCCAGUGACGAACAUCGGCGUCACCGUCGCCGGGCUCCUGGAAUAUCCCUACCCCGAGGACAAAGUUCCCGCCGGUCCCAAAGGAGGUCGGUACGUGCACGUCACGACAGGCGCGUAUCCGCUGCAGGAGUAUUUCUCGAAAUGGGCGGAGAUCGCUGGGAAGGGGAAGUUACGUGUUUUAUCUAUUUCACUAGAGCAGUACGGGGAGCUUUACGGGCCCCUGGGGACUGAGCUCGGGCUUAUGAUCAAAUUCUUUGAGGUUGCUGGAGCGCCGAGGACGUGGGGGACUGUUGGGGAGGGGGACGUGAUGGUUGAUGCGAGGGAGUUGGAGGGUGUCAAGGGGCGGCUGGUCACGGCUGAGGAGUACUGGGCGCAGGAGAAUUGGGAUGGCUACUAG